GCUGUAAAACUAGGGUAUACACAUGUAAUGGUGACGUUGACACAAAUACUACACAAGAGCACAGCGCCAUUUUCAACACAUUGUAAUUAAUGUUUCCCGAAUCGCUUGUGGACGACUAUCGAUGAUAGCUAUGGCAGAAGGUGAAACCUACACAGUAUAUGACUCAGACACACAUCAGCCAUUAACCGUGACUGUCAACCCAGAAGAAGGACAUUCUAGUAUUCAAUAUAUUACUCAAGAUGGUACCCCACUAACUAGUCUGAAUCAAACACAAGCAGCAGAAAUAGUACAUGUAACAGAGUCUCAAAAUGCUGUCUACACCACUCUAUCGAAUUCAACAUAUGUUGCCACUCCUGCAUCUUCCCAGACUGCCAUCGCCAACACGGCUGUGCCUUUGGUAGUGCAAUCAAGUAAUGGAGUGCAGAUGCAGAAUGUUCAAGUUCAACAAGCAAUAGUCCAACAGCAGUCACAACAAGGAAGCAAUGUCAUCCAGGCUCAAUCUGUUGUUCAGAACAAUGUCUCCAACGUUGCUGGUUCCGGUUUACCACAGAUGUUGUUUCUAAACCAAGUUAAUGUUAAUGGACAGCCAUCUCUCGUUUUGGUAGACUCCAAUAAUAAACCUGUACAGUUACCUCAGGGUAUUCAAGUGAUAAAUUUACCAACGCAGCAGAUAGCUGGUCAACAACUACCCAUGGUCAGUCCUGGAGAAACUGGAGAGGAGCCAUUGUACGUGAAUGCUAAACAGUAUCAUCGAAUUUUAAAAAGACGACAAGCCAGAGCAAAACUAGAGGCUUUGGGCAAAAUACCUAAAGAAAGGCGGAAAUACUUGUAUGAAUCGCGGCAUCGUCAUGCCAUUAACAGACAACGUGGCCAAGGAGGCGUCUUUGUCAGUGGACCUCGAAAAGACCCUUCACCCAUAAACCAUUCACAUGGAGCUGCAAAUGGCAGCAGCCAUAUUCAACCCACUGAGACAAGAUACAGAGAAAUUGCAGCUGCUACAUGUUCACCAAGCUCAGGGCAUCCGAGUGAUUUACUCAGCUCUUUAACGACUUGACUUAACUGAAACUCAAUGCUCAUUCAUGUAAAGCGCCUCUAAAAUUCCUGUGCUAAUGUUAUGAACUUUGUAAUUCAUAUCUGAAGGGACAUGCUAAGUGAUAUUGUAAAUAAUAUUAUGAAUGAAUGAUGUACUGACAGAGUAACUAUAUAUAUGUGUGUGUAUAAACAUAUAUACAUAUAUAUAAUAACUGUCCACUAUUAAACAGACAAAAGUGACAGUGUACGGACUAAUGGAUUCAGCAUUAAAAAAAUUUACUGUGCUGAUUUUGUUACACAUCAUCCACUUUCAGUAUAGUGGCAAUCAUUUUCCUUUUAUUCUUCAUCAUCCACCAUAUCUCUGUCCUCUCCCUUCUCUCUUUCUCUCUCUCUCUGCAUUUCCCUCAUCCUGCUGUGUAUUGAAUAGAGAAUCAGUUUUUGUCUU